GUCUAUUGACUCGUUUCCAUCAUGAAGUUUUCCUCAAUUGGUAAAGCAAGCUCACUGGACUGAUCAACCUUGUUCUACAAAUUGCGCGAAGGACAAAUCAGCCAUGAGACUUCUUUGUCUACUGCAGCUAGUGUGCUUGGCUAGUUGUAGUGGUUCCAGAUCGAGAGACUGGGCUCAUCAUGGUGCUCCCAUGUUUGCUGACCUCACCGUACGUGAGAUGAAAGCUGUCCGGGCCUACCUGCAUGGAAUCCCAGAGCUGAAGCUCACCGCUGCUCGUAGCAAGACCCUAAUGAAGAACAGCAUCCUCCUGAUGGAACUCCAUUUGCCGAGGAAGCAUGAAGCCCUGAAGGUUCUGGACCGUGGACAUGCCAAACCCCCACGUCAAGCCCGGGUGAUCAUCCAGUUGGGGAACCAGACCAAUCCUAACAUUACUGAGUACAUUGUAAGUCCUCUGCCAUCUCCGAACUCCCACGAAGUCAAGACGUUCAAGGGAGGUAGACCUAUCCGCUUUGAGUCUAGGCCUAUUACCUCCGCAGAGUAUUCCCAUAUAAAUCACAUCCUUGAGAAGAUCACUAACAAAGCUCACAAACUCCUGCUUGAGACCACAGGGGGGUUUUCUUUCACUAACUGCUCUGACCGCUGCCUGACAUUCUCAGACAUAGCCCCCCGAGGCCUGGGUCCAGGUGAGAGGAGAACCUGGAUCAUGUUGCAGAAGUUUGUCGAGGGCUUUUUCAUCCACCCAGUUGGAUUUGAGGUACUGGUCAACCACCGGGACCUGGAUCCAGAAAAGUGGACUGUCGAAAAGGUCUGGUACAACAGCAUGUACUUUGACAGUCUUGAGGAGCUGGUAGAAAAGUAUGAAUCAGGAGAGGUGGAGAAGUUCAAACUGCCCAAUCAUGACGAUAAUGACCUCUACUCCACUUACAUCCCACGGGGUCAAAGCAAUACACCCACUAAUAUCAAUGGGCCAAAGCUCGUUGAGCCUCAGGGACAUCGCUAUCACAUUGACCACAAUUUUGUUGAAUAUGCAGGGUGGUCUUUCGCCUACAGAGUCCGCUCAUCAGCUGGGCUUCAAGUCUUUGACCUCCGUUUUAAUGGAGAAAGAAUUGCCUAUGAGAUCAGCCUCCAAGAAGCUAUUGCCUUCUAUUCUGGUGAUACUCCCGCUGCCAUGCAAACAAAGUAUAUUGACGCUGGCUGGGCAAUGGGCACCUCUUCUUUCGAGCUAGCGCCUGGAAUUGACUGUCCAGAAAUUGCCACCUUUGUUGACCUGUAUCACUACUUUGACACGGACAAACCUGUGCAGCAUAAAAAUGCUCUUUGCAUUUUUGAGAUGACCACUGCUAUGCCUUUGAGAAGGCAUUUCAACUCCAAUUACAAAGGAGGGUACAACUUUUACGGGGGCCUGGAAAACACUGUGCUGGUGCUGCGGACAACCUCGACGGUUUACAACUAUGAUUACAUCUGGGACUUCGUCUUCUACCAGAAUGGGGUGGCGGAGGUAAAAGUCAGCGCUACCGGUUACAUCCAUGCCACUUUCUUUACACCUAAUGGACUUCACUAUGGUACCAAGGUGUAUGACUAUGUGCUGGGAAAUCUGCACACGCACCUCAUCCAUUAUAAAGUGGACCUGGAUAUUGCUGGUCGAGAGAACAGCUUUGAGACAUUGGAUCUGAAGUAUGUCAACUUUACAAAUCCGUGGAGCCCAGAGAAUUUCGUCGUCCAGUCCCAACUCCAGCGGACAGAGCGCAAGACCGAGCGAUCAGCCACUUUUUCCUUUGGCAAAAAGUUCCCCCGCUAUGUGAACUUCUACAACCCCAAUGAGAAAAACAAAUGGGGAGACAAGAGGGGUUACCGCAUUCAGUUUAACUCACAUGCCCACAGUGUCCUCCCAAGAGGCUGGAGAGAGGAAAAAGGCAUCAGUUGGUCAAGGUAUCCUCUGGCUGUGACUCGUCACAAAGAUAGUGAAGCCACCAGUAGCAGCAUUUUCACCCAGAAUGAUCCCUGGGAACCAGUCGUGUCUUUUGAGGACUACAUCCGCAACAAUGAAGACAUAGUUAACCAGGACCUGGUAGCCUGGGUGACGGUGGGCUUCCUGCAUGUGCCUCACUCAGAAGACAUUCCCAACACGGCGACGCCCGGUAACGCAGUAGGCUUCUUCCUUCGGCCAUUCAACUUCUUUGACGAAGACCCUUCCGUGGCAUCCAGAAGCACUGUCAUUGUGCGUCCAGGAUUGGACGGCAAACCCAAAGUCCAGAAAUGGACAGCUGAGGUCAUAGAUUACUGUGUGCCAGACAAGCCAUUCUCUUACAAUGGCACAUAUGCAGGAGUCUAAAGAGUAUUUUUUUGGAGAGGGGGAAGGGGAGGGGGGGGAUGGUUCAGAAAGAGUUUUUUCAUCUAUAAUAUCAUCAUCUCAGCAUAAUCACACUUGAAGUAUAUAGUACACAGAUGUAUUCAAUGUCACAACCUCUUAUGGGUUUUAAAGAUGUAAGGAUAUCUAUGUAACAUAAAAAUAACCAAGAACAUUUUAAAAAGGGAAAAAACAUAGUCAUACCAAAGAAAUCUGUUUUCAUGUUCAAUUAUUUAGCUGCAAACAUUUCUAAAUCUCAUAAAUGCACAUAUCCAGUUGCAUUCAGUAUCAUUACACAUGAAACAGUAAAUCCCAUGUGUACAAAACAUACAGAUUUCAAGUGUAUCUUAAUGUUAAUGCACCAAACUCAAAGGGGGAGUGGGUCACCAGGGGCCUUGAGGGCUCCUCUAAUCCCAUGUUUGGUCUCCAUGGCUGUGUUUUAGUAGCAGCAAGCAUCCAGGAUGCAGGAUGCUCAGUAUCCGCCCUGCUUGUGGUCAAAUGCAGCUCCCUCAGCAGGCUCCUCCUGCCUCCACGGGGGGAAUGUUUUCCAUAGAGAGACAACAGGCCUUACACAGCAAACAGCCUGGUUCCGGAUCCUUCCGUGCAAACAGUCCAGGAUACCACCUGGCCCCGUCGCCUGGAAACCUAACAUUAACAACAUACAAUGUGACACAAUGUCCAGAAGAAUCAGCAUCAUGUGACAGUUUUGUCUCAUAUGUAUGCAUUCUUGACAUAGCAGUGGCAACCAAAUAAUGAAUAAAACAGAUGAACUGGUUUUAAUCAUAAUGUGUGUUUUUGAUUGAAACCUUUAUUUAACAAACAAUUAUUAAUAAGUACAGGUCCAUCUUAGACCCCAAACAAAAACCCAAAAAGGAGGUGAAUUUUGCAUGGGCUGGUUUUGUUUGACGGGUAAACAAGAAAUUCUUAAGUAACGUGAAAGGAA